GGGACUUCUCCUCGUGACUCUUUAGUUGUGGCCUUUAGAGAGUGUGAGAGAGCUGAACGUGAUGGGUUCCCCUUCCUCCACUUCACAUCUGAGAGAAGACCCCUCGAAACCUCUCCUUCGUUCCACUUGGCAGCCCAGGAGAUACUACACCACCCUCUUCUGCUCCUGUGUCGUCCUCCUCGCCCUCCUCGGCGUCGCCGUCGCCUCCGCCGCCCGCUACCGAUCCGCCUCCGCCCCCACCGCCCGGCCCCUGGCCAAGCUCUCCCAACCCGUCGUCAUGAUCAUCUCCGCCGACGGCUUCCGCUUCGGGUACCAGUUCAAGACCCAGACCCCCAGCAUCCGCCGCCUCAUCGCCGGCGGAACCGAGGCGGAGGAGGGCCUCAUCCCGGUCUUCCCCUCCCUCACCUUCCCCAACCACUACUCCAUCGCCACCGGCCUCUACCCGCCCUACCACGGCAUCAUCAACAACUACUUCCCCGACCCGGACACCGGCGACUGGUUCAGCACCGCGAGCCACGAGCCCCACUGGUGGCUCGGGGAGCCCCUCUGGCAGACCGCCGCCGGCCAGGGCUUCGCCGCAGCCACCUACUUCUGGCCUGGCUCCGAGGUAAUCAAAGGCCCCUGGACCUGCCCUCCUAAAUUCUGCCCAAAAUACAACAGCUCGGUGCCGUUCGAGCAACGAGUUGAUACUAUUUUGGGGUACUUCGAUCUCCCUGGCGAUGAGAUCCCUGCACUCAUGAUGCUCUAUUUCGAGGAACCUGAUCUCCAGGGCCACGAAUUUGGCCCUGACGAUCCGGAGGUCACCAGGGGAGUAGCUCGAGUCGAUCGAAUGGUCGGAAGAUUGAUCGCCGGCCUCGAAAAAAGAGGGAUCUUUGACGAUGUCACUAUGAUUCUCCUUGGCGAUCACGGAAUGGUCGGCACCUGCCGGGAAAAGACCAUCUUUCUGGAUGAUUUGGCUCCAUGGGUUCAAAUUCCAGAGAGUUGGGUACUGUCCUACAGCCCAUUGCUGUCGAUCCGACCUCCGGCCGAGGUUUCUUCGUCCGAGGUGGUGGCCAAAAUGAACGAAGGGUUGAGUUCAGGGAAGGUCGAGAAAGGGCAGUAUCUGAGAAUGUUUCUCAAGGAGGAUUUACCUGAAAGGCUCCAUUAUUCUGCGAGUUCGAGGAUUCCACCAAUCAUUGGGAUCUUGGGCGAGGCGUACACCGUCGUACAGAACAGAACAUCGGAAUUCUAUGAAUGUGGAGGAGCUCAUGGAUACGACAACUCAUUGUUUUCAAUGAGGACCAUAUUCGUAGCUCGUGGACCGCGAUUUGAAAGGGGUCGAAAAAUUCCAUCGUUUAAGAAUGUCGAGGUAUACAACUUGGUCGCUGCUAUUCUGAAUCUGAAGGGCGCUCCAAAUAAUGGGUCAGCGUCAUUUCCAAAUUCUGUUCUGCUGCCAAGCACUUAACUUGUACUCGCUGAAAUUUGGGGAUGUCGAUGCGAUGUCAAAGUCGCAGUGGCAAAAAUAAAUGGCUUUACUCUGCCUGAAAUCGUCGUUGGAGUAGUUUCAGAGUUUA